UUUCUUGUUACGUCAUAACUGUGGGCCCGUAACGAAAUGUCCGUUGACGAUUUAAAUGCGUACUCGAAAGGGACGCGGAGACGCUUUCUGGUCGUCAGGCAGGUAACUAGAGAAAUAUUGGCUGUUUUUGAGAUGCCUAAGAUAUCGGGCAUUAAGACGACAGAGGGAUAACAGUCUAACACCAGGACCUUUAAAACAACUCUCGAGCGUUAUGUCUUCGGCCAAGGAAGAUACGUUAUCUCCAGAUGAGCUGAGGAAAAGACUUUAUCAAACUUUUAAAAAUAAAGGAGUGCUUGAUACACUCAAAACACAGUUACGAAAUCAGCUCAUCCAAGAGUUAAAACACCCACCCCUGACUGGAGGAGAACCAGUCCCCAGACCAGUACCUGGAAAAUCUGAACCCCUUUUGGUCUCAGCCUGUAACAGCAUCGUGGCAGAUCAUCUCCGCACCUCAGCGUAUGAGUACACCCUUUCUGUAUUCUAUCCUGAAAGUGGCCUAUGUAAAGACAAGGCUCUCACAAAAGGAGACCUUCUUCAGCUUCUUAAAAUUGACCCUGAAUCAGCUCUUUACAGAUCCCUGUCUUCAAACAAAGAAAACAAUGAUAAAGGGUUCCUGAUCAGCCUUCUCACACAACUAACACACCGUUACAGUCACGGCCUGUGCCAUGAUGCUGACACUCAGACAACCAGCUUAGCAAGUUAUGGAGAGUCUCUCGUUGAAAAGAUGAAAAUGAUUGAUAAGGAAUAUGAGAGCGCCAGUUACAGUGGAGACAAAUGGUUUUCAUUCCAAUCAAAACUGGCUGCAUAUAGAAAAGAAAUUGAAGCACAGAUGCAAACAGAAAUGAACACAAAGAUGGAACAUUUCAAAGAUGUUGAAAUCGCCAAGGUGAGGCUGGAAGAAAAAACAAAAUUUCACAAAGAAUUUGACAAGUUAAAGCAAGAGCUGGAGAGGACUUACGAGAUGAAGGCAAAGGCGCUGAUGGAUCGGGAGAAAAACGCCAUUGAUCGACUACAAAAGCAGCAAGAGAUUGAAGAAAAAAAUGUGUACAUGCAGAGACAAUCAGUCCUGAAAGAAAUCGAAACUGUGCGUAACAGAGAGAACGAGCUGAGGAUGAGAAUGGAGGCCUUUGAAAAGACCUGUCAAAUUCACGAGGAGAAGGUCAAAACUACAGAAGAGCUGCUGAGGAGGAGAGAACUGGCAGUGAGGACCAUGGAGGACACGUACGACCAAAGGCUGAAGAAUGAACUUUCCAGUUACCAGCUCGAGUUGAAAGAUGAAUUUGUCAAAAGAACAGAAAAACUAACCGAGAAUGAGAACAGAAACAAAAUGGAAACUACUCGUAUCCAAAAGGAAUCUGCUGUAAUUAAUAGCAAAUUGGAGGAGCACAGCAGAGCAUGUUCAGAGCUGAGACGGCUGCAGGUUGAGCUCGACACAGCACUGCAGCAGAUUUCUCUGCUGACUCAACAGAAGGAGCUGUUCAGGGAAAGACUGGAGACCAUGAGUGACUACCCCAGUUUAAACAGAGACAAAGCAGAGCUGCAGGGACAGCUUCGGCUGCUAAAGAAACAGUUGGAGGAGGCCCAAGAGGAGAACCGGCUGCUCCAUGCAGACUUGGGCAAGCCAUCUAAGGAGCAGCUGGGCUUGCAGAUGGAGCUACGGAGGCUGCAGAGCGCUCGCAAACUGGAUGAAGAAGAGUUUGACAACCAGAAACAGGUGCUGCAGGCACAGCUCCAGAGUGAGGUGGAGCGGUGCGCUCAGCUCAAGGCUCAGCUGAUAGAGAGUGAGGAGAGGUCACAGUGGAUGACUAACCACAUUGAGGACAUUAAGAUGCAGCUACGCCAAACUCAACAAGCUCUUGAAAAUGAAGUGCUGCGUAACCCCAAGCCCUCUCUCGUUGAUCGCUCAAUACUGGAGCUCAACGCUGACAAGCUGGUCCCCCCUGACGUCUAUGUGGACAGAGCUCUGCUGAGAGCCAGGGUGGGUUAUGAUGAUGUUUGUGAAGCAGGUGGGCCCUUGAGAGGACACAAGUCGGCUUGGACGGAGCCUCCAGACUCCGACAUGGAGCUGGUGGCUGCAGCCAAGGCUCGGAUCCAGGAGCUGCAGAAGGAGGCUGAGACCUUGGAGGAAGCCUACAGGAACUACCAGCAGAGGGCAGUGCACUCCACCAUCUCACACAUGCUUCCCCCAAGACCCCUUUCCCCACAAAGAGCACAUCCUUCACAUCGCCCUGACUCUCCUCUAAGGAAACAAGUUUCUCACCAUUCACACGCCCACACACUCCACAAACCAAAGGUCACAUACAGACCACUCUCUCCACAAACUACCAGAACUCCCUCCUCUGCACUAUAUGACACCGGAAACACUGUAGCACCUGCACAAGCAAGAGUGACCUUCUCAGAAGAACAUAACCAACCCCAGUACACAGUUUUCACAGACCAAGGCCUCCAUUCAUUUACUGACUCUCUGAUUCUAAGAGAUGGACACUCUCAACCUGCAAGCAGCCCCCCAUCCAGACGUCUGUCCUCCACAUCACACUCUUCCUCCAGGAAAAAGCUUCAAAGAGAUAUUGCAGAAGUCGCGUUACCGAUGGUGUUCCCGGAGCUGUCGUUUGAUAAACAGCUCUCUCGUGCCCCCCACGGUGAGGUGGCGACCUCAGGAGACUUUUCCUCAGAGCUCAGUCCACCUGCCAGCCCUCAGCUCAAGAGCACAACACGAGACCAGUCCAGUCCACCAAAGCUGCACCCUGUGUUCUCCAGCUCGGAGUCUUCCCCACAGCCUGAGAAAAUCAGCCUGGAAGACCUCACAGGGAAUUUGUCAGAGCCCGGCCACAUUCCAGAGCUUCUCCUGGACACUGCCGUCCCUCUCUCUGAGGAGGCCCCUGACGGCCCCGCUGUCCCCCGCCCACAGGACCUCCCAGUAGACCCGAUAGACUCGCAGGGCCAGGCGGAGCCCCCAGAAGCCUUGGAUGAAUCUGUUAGGGAAGAAGAUGAGGAGGAUGAGGAGAAAAGGUGGGAAAGAGAGCGAAAGGAAAGGCUAGAGAAAAGGCAAAGAGAGCAAGAAGAAGCCAGAGAGAAGGAGCUGCAAGAACUCGAAAGACUGGAGAAAGAGAUGCUUCUGCAAGAGAUGGAGCAACCAGGACAGGAAAAAGAAGAAGAAGCAGCAGCAGGAAUUGAGAAGGGAGCAGCUGAAGAGCAGAGGCAAGAAGCAGAUAAUGAUGAGGAUGAAGGUGAAAAUCCACUGGAGAAAUACAUGAAGAUGGUCCUGGAGGCAAGAGAGAAGCAGCAUGCACAGAGCCCUGGAAGAGAAGAAGCAGGACAUACGAGCCCAGAGGCCAAGAGCCUGUCUGAGGAGAAAGAUGACAGCAUUGCAGCGUUUUCACACAAGGAUGAAGAGGAUGAUUUCUGGUGAACCAGUGCCAUCAUAAACUGAUGAAUUAUACAAGCCUCUGUCUUGUACUGUUUUUAUAGUGAGUUGUUUGUUUUAUGUUAAAGUUAUGUUCCUGAGUGUAUAUUUGAUACUAUUUUUGCUGCACAUGUCUGAAUAAAUCAUAUUGAUUUUUA